ACAAAAGAGGGCCUUUUCUUCUUGUCACAUGCAGAUCAUCACUCAUGCCACUGACCAUUGGAAGAAACGCACCACCAAAAAUAGGACUGCCCUUAUCCUACCUGCUAGGGGAUACAGGAGGGAGAGUACGAAAUGUAAUUGCAAAUGCCACCUAUCACGUGACAGCCCACGGUGGAGGAAGAGGAGGAGAAAGUGGUCAGGAAGAUGCCAGUGGGUGUGAAUCAGGAGGAAACACAGACCAGAGAGAAUUCAUCACAUCUAGAAAAGAAAUUUUGUUUCCCACAAGUUUAAACCAUUACAUGCACAAACAGUAUUGUGUAAUCUGAUAAUUAGUUCAUAUUAGGUAAACAAACACAAGGAAGAUGUGUUGACAACUCACCAUGGACGGGCAGUAUAUAAGAGGCCAUGGCACGAGGAGACGUCAGACUCAAGCCCCUCACUCUCCUGGAAACCAUCCCAGAACCUCCACUCUCUGACACCAUGGUCAACUCCUGUUGUGGCUCCGUCUGCUCUGAGCAGGGCUGUGGCCAGGAGACUUGUUGCCGCCCCAGCUGCUGCCAGACCACCUGCUGCAGGACCACCUGCUGUCGCCCCAGCUGCUGUGGCUCCAGCUGCUGCCAGCCUUGCUGCCGCCCCACCUGCUGCCAGACCACCUGCUGCAGGACCACUUGCUGCCGCCCCAGCUGCUGUGGUUCCAGACCCAGCUGCUGCAUCUCUAGCUGCUGCCGCCCCACCUGCUGCCAGACCACCUGCUGCAGAACCACCUGCUGCCGCCCCAGCUGCUGUGGCUCCAGCUGCUGCCGCCCCUGCUGUGGGGGUUCCAGCUGCUGUGGCUCCAGCUGCUGCCAGCCUUGCUGCCGCCCCACCUGCUGCCAGACCACCUGCUGCCGGACCACCUGCUGCCGCCCCAGCUGCUGUGUGUCCAGCUGCUGCCGCCCCUGCUGUGGGGGCUCCAGCGGCUGUGGCUCGAAUUGCUGUGGCUCCAGCUGCUGCCAGCCUUGCUGCCGCCCCACCUGCUGCCAGACCACCUGCUGCCGGACCACCUGCUGCCCUCCCACCUGCUGUGUGUCCAGCUGCUGCCGCCCCAGCUGUUGCUAGACCCCCUGCCACCACCCACCCACCUGCUCUAGUGGCUCUUGCUGCUGCUGAGUGCCCUGACCUGCACCCUGCUGUUUUCAUCAGCCAAUCUCCUUCAUGUCGCAGUCCAACUGGGAGCUGAAUCAUGUGAGGCCAACUGUAAAACCUCAGUUCCCAGUGAUUUUUCAACCGCUUGGCCUUGGAAUGUACCACCCCACUGCCCAAUUCCCUCCCACCUGUUUCUUAUGAUGUCCAUCCCAAUUCAGUACAAAGGGUGUAUUUUCCCUGAUAUACGAUAACAUAUCAUCCUAACUGAUGUAUCUGUUACUGUCAGAUGUUGUCUAUGGAGAUGUUUCUAUAUAGCAAAUAAAUCUUAACUUUCCAGGCAUUAAAUAUAAAGAA